ACCAACACUCCUCUGAACAGGAACCGGCCGGCUAGUUUAUGUCAUCCGGACAGAUAUCCUGACGUGGGGGGGGAAGAUCUAUCAGAACAAAGCGGAAAUAUUACAAGUCUACUACUACACACAGUGGAAACCGGGAUUUUAUGUUGCGUUUCUGCAGUUUUUGGACUACGCUUCCUGCUUCUUCGCCUUGUUGCACUACAGGAGCUCUGAGCUCUCAUUGUGGACGGAGCGAGGAUCCCCUCCUUUUGUGUGCUCUGCAGUUGUUUAUUCAAACCCCAACUUCUGCCUCCCGUUUCCGCUAAAUAGGAGGUUUCGUUUCAAUUUUUUUUUUACUUGUUUCGGCCUAAACGGAAUGAAUGACAAAAACAAAGGAAGUUGAUGUCCAUACCUCUCCGGCUGACCUCGUCUUCGCCUCGGCCAAGGAACGGAGGCUCCAUCUCCGGCAGAAGAUGGACAGUGGAGGCGGGGCGGAGGGCUCGGACAGCGGGCAAACUCAGCACGCGGUGCCCGGGCAGCAGCAGCCAACCCACCGGCCUGAAACCGCGGAGCUCUCUGCGGCGGUGUCCGCUCAGCCUUCAGGCAAGAAGAAAAAGAUAAACCGGGCUCCCUCCCCGGCCAGACCGAAGGAUGUACCCGGUUGGUCGCUCACCAAGAUUCGCGGAGGGAUUGGGACCCCGACUCUGAGCGUCAAGCCGGGAGGCAUUCACCUGGGCAGCCGUAUUUCCCGGCGCAGCCCCGUGGGAAGUCUCGCUGGAAAGGAAGGUAAAGCGGAUAAGAGCAAACCGGCGGGCAAAUCAUCCUCAGCGUCGUCUAAAACGGCCAACGCAGUGAAAAGCACCGGGGGUCGGCGUAAGGUUUCGGACGCCAGCACAGGCUCCGACGAUUUAUCUAAGGACUCCGGCUGUGCCACCGGGAAGCUCUCCCCGACCGACAGUAGCUCCGAACUCUCGGACUGCGCCUCCGAGGAAAACAAGCUCUCAGCGGACGCUGUGAGUAGCGACGCCGAGUCGAGGAGCAGCCGAGGCGGGGGGCUAGACGGAGACAAGCCGCUCAGGGAUGGCGUGUUGGCAGAAAGAGCUAGCCAACAUGCCACCAACAGGACCACCUGCUUCUCCUCGGAGAGGGACUACAAGGACCGGCUCUCCCUGGCCGUGGAGACAGGGGAAGGGAGCAUAUCCCCAGGCGAGGAGCGCUCGGUCACCUCGUUUGACAGCAGGGUGCCCCCCAGCACAUCUCUGGCUUUCUCAGACCUCACAGAGGAGUUUAUGGACGGCAUGCAUGAGGAGUUUGUACGGGAAAUAGAAGAACUGAGAUCUGAGAAUGAUUACCUCAAGGAUGAGAUGGAGGAGUUGAGGUCUGAGAUGCUGGAGAUGAGGGACAUGUACAUGGAGGACGACGUCUACCAGCUGCAGGACCUACGGCAACAGAUGGAGCAGGCUAACAAGACCUGCCGCAUCCUGCAGUACCGGCUGAGGAAGGCAGAGCGACGCUCUGUGCGCGUGGCCCAAACAGGGCAGGUGGACGGAGAACUGAUACGAACACUGGAGCAGGACGUCAAAGUGGCGAAGGACGUGUCCAUCCGUCUACACAAGCAGCUGGACAGCGUGGAAAAGAAGAGGAGUCGCCACGAGCAGGAGAACGAGGAGCUGCGGGUCCGCCUGCAGGACCUGGAGGUCGCCAAACAGGUCCUGCAGCAGGAGAUUGAGAAGAACUCCCAGAAGAAAAGAGCAGCACGACCCAACAACAAACCUGACAAGAAGCUCUGCCCACAGGAGGACAAUUCAGACCUGAAGUGUCAGCUCCACUUUGCCAAAGAGGAAUCAGCUCUGAUGUGCAAGAAGCUGACCAAGCUGGUGAAGGACAGUGAGGCCAUGAAAGAGGAGCUGGUCAAGUUCAGGUCGCUGUACGGAGACGUCAACGCCUCGCUCACCGUGGAGGAGGUCGCCGACUCCCCCCACACCCGUGAGGCGGAGAUCAGAGUCCACCUGAAGCUGGUGGAGGAAGAGGCCAACCUGCUGAGUCGACGCAUCGUGGAGCUGGAGGUGGAGAACAGGGGGCUCCGAGCUGAGAUGGACGACAUGAAGCAAGAUUGCCCUCAGGACCUAAGUGGUGUUGGCGGUGGUCUGGGGUCAGGUCUUGGCCUAGGAGGAGCCAUGGUUCUUGGGGGCGGGGCUUCGUCUGAAAACGUCAUGGAGCUCCAGAGACACCUCCAGUUUGUGGAGGAGGAGGCGGAGCUUCUGAGGAGGUCUCUCAUCGAGAUGGAGGAACAGAACAAACUCCUGAUGAACGAGAUUAACCGCUACAAAUCUGACUUCCCGCCUCCAACGUCCUCCAUGUCGUCUAACUCAUUGGACGGGCUGCUCAACGACAGCCCGGUGCACUCCAUACAGGAAGGGGCGGUGCUUAUCAGCACAGACGCCCCCGUCCAGGAGGAGGAACUCAGACUGGCGAGGCUACAGAUUGGAGAGCUGGGCGGGAAGGUGAAGAAGCUGCAGUACGAGAACCGAGUGCUUCUGUCUAACCUGCAGCGCUGCGAUCUGGCCUCCUACAACGCUCCUUCCUCCUCCUCCUCUUCCUCCUCACUACGACUGGCUCUGGAGACGGACGCAGAGGCCGGGGACUCAGCUGAGUGCCUCCCAAGCCCGCCGCACCGCAAAGAGCCGGUGGGGGGGGAGACCGACACCCUGGAGAUGAAGGAGCGGAAAAAAAAGAUCGAGGACAACGCUGACGCAACCACCUCGCUCCCCGGGUACCUGGGGCAGAAGGACCAUGAUGCCUUGCUGGCCAUGAGGGACCAGGCUCGCUUGGUUUCCACGGCGAUACAGCUCCUGACCUCCCCCGAGUCCAACUGCCUCUCCUCCUCCCCCUCCAUCUAUCACAAGGUCUGCAGCAGCGACGCAGCGGAGCCGUGUGACCUGGAGAAACCUCACAGCCAGAUUUGCGAGCUCUCUGACCUGGCGGACCGGCCCCUGGUGGGGGCUCUGACCAGCCGGCUCCAGGCCCUCCACACGCAGCUCCAGGCCUUUGUGGAGCGGGUGGACAGCCAGGGGAAACCCCCCGCAGGUGGAAGGGACCCUCAGGUGGAAGGAGCGUCUCCUCUGCCCCCCCCCUGCUCUGGAGAGGAGCAGGAUGUACUGAACACUACCGUGGAGAAGCAGCCUGAUUAUAGGGACGAAUCAGAGACCAAUGUAAGAGGUCAAACUGAGGAGGAGAGCCAAUCAGACAGCCAGGAGAUGCAAAAGCAGGAAGACAGCCAGCUGGAACAGGGAGAGAAGGAGGCAGACGACACACUGUCCGGUGACAUCCAGGCGCGGCUGUCCGAAGUGGAGGAGCUGUCUCUGGGACCUCAGGGGGAGCUGGAGGAGAGGCAGGCUCCGAGAGAAACCACUCUCAAACUCACACAGCUCCAGGAGGAGCACCAGAAGGCUCUGCUCCGUCGGGACUUCCAGCUGCAGAGUCUGGGCCUCCAGGCUCGGCUUCAGCAGAAGUUAUGGAGCCAGGAGAGGUCUCUGCUAGUGCAGGAGUCCCAGCACCUGAAACAGGCCCUGCUCCUGCUCAGCCUCAAACUACGCUGCUUCCUCAAACACUGGAGGCUGGGCUGCAGGAAAGACACAGAGUGGAAGGACAUCCUGGAGAUGAACAGUCUGAGGGACCUUUACUUGCUGUUGGAGGAGGAGAACCUGACAAGCCCCACCCACCAGACUGACAAGCGGGCCGCUGCAGACGAACAACCUCUUAGUCCCACUAUCAAGUCUAGCGCAGUGAGCAGCACCUUGGCAGACCUGAAGGUGGCGUUGCGGGAUCUGAGCGGCGAGUUGCGACAGGAGAGACAAGGCUCCCAGGAACUCACCCAGCAGUUCGCUAAGGCCAAGGCAUCAUGGGAGGUGGAGAGGACUGAACUCAAGAGCCUCGUCACACAGCUUGAGACCAAAGCAGGCAAGGCUCUGUCCGCCACAGAUGCUCCAGAUCCUCCAGACCUGAAGGUGGCGCUGAAGAGGGAGUGUGAAGAGCACCAGCACCUCCUGGCCGACUCCUACGCAGCUGUGAUGGACCUAACCAAGCAGCUUCAGCUCGGGGAGAGGAACUGGGGCAGAGAGAAGCUGGAGCUGCUGGAGAGGCUGAGCCAGGAGAGAGCUCAGUGGGAGCAGAGGCUGCUAGAGGCCACGGCACAGCAGGGGAAGGUACGACAGGCUGCGUUUGUUUGUUCAAAGUCAUUAGGCGGCGAGUCCUCUGCGGACACAGGAGUCACUAAUGGAACAGGAUCGCCAAGAGCCAAAUCCACAUCAGAGCUUUCCGGUGCAGAAGUCGACGGAUCAGCCAAUCAGGAGCAGAGGAUCCAGUUUGUAGUCCCUUCGCUUGGUGACCUCACCAGGAAGAAUUGGACCUACCUGACCAAUGAGACCCCGGAGGUUGGGGACACCUGUAAGACCUGGGACGGCCCCAGCGGCUCCUGCAGCAGCUUGGUGGGAUCAGAGCUGGAUCUGGAGUCGGUCCAGAGGAGCCACACGGCCCCGGACCGCACCGGCAUCCGGAUCUACUACAGCCCCCCUGCUGUACGACGCAUGGAGCACCACCGGAGGAGCCAGGAGGCCACAGAGCCUCAGCAGGCCCAGAACGGGAGCUCUGACCUGGGACUGGCGGGCCCGGAUGUAGGCAUGGCUCCGGAGGAAACCGUUGAGAUUCAGCAGCAACAACCUUCACCCUCCUUCUCAUCCUCCUACGAGCAGUGGCUGAGCUCGCUGUCCAAGCAGCACAGGGAGCUGCUGGAGAGCAGAAGUGGCUCUAUCGCCGGUUCGAUCCCCAGCAACAGUAGCUCAGUUGAUGGAAUGACACCCUCGUCAGCUUUCCAUGGUCUGGAGAUCGGGGAAAUUUCAGCCAACUUGAGUGAUGACAUGAAGGAGAUGACCAACUGUGUCCGCCAGGCCAUUCGCUCGUCCUCUCUGGAGAGGAAAUCCACCAAGGAACCCGGAAGCCAGGCGAUGGGCAUGUCCACCCGGUCCACGCAGACUGCCACACAGUACGUAAGCAUCGGGCUUCAAACCGACAUCCUUCCAGGCAGCAGGGUGGCGGGUUUACACUCCAAAUCCUGGUCUCCUCGCCCCUUGCCGACAACCAACUCGCUAGCAUCCGCCAGAACCCGGCAGAUAUCCACCUCCCUGGAUAAAGUUCACAGCCGCAUCGAUAGACCAUGCUGUUCACCAAAGUAUGGAUCCCCGAAACUACAACGCAGAGUGUCUUCUGGCUCCACUUCCAGACUGGAUGGGAGUACCUCCUCCAGGGACCGCAGCCUGUGGAGCCUCCAGCAGAGAUCCCUGAGUGGAGGCGGAGGCUCUGCCUGGGCUCGCUCCACCACCACCCGGGACAGCCCCGUGCUGAACGGCCUGAAUGACGGCCUCUCUAGCCUCUUCAGCUUGGUGGAGCACACUGGAAGCACAGAGUCGCUCUGGAGGGGGGAUGGAGGAGCCAGCCAGGGAGCCAGUCCAGCACGGCAGCCUGCUGCAGCGGGGAAACCCACUGCUGUGCCACUCUCUACAUGUGACCCCGGCCCUCAGCGGUACGGAGGCCUGGUCCAGGAGUUCUUCAGGAACGUCUGCAGCAGCCGUGGCCAGGGAGCAGUCACCCUGCCUGGGGAGAGACCACUGAGAGACUCCAAUGGCAGUCUCGGAGGUCUGAGUGUCUUGGGUAGUUUUGGCGGCAUUGAUGAACCUAAACCAGAGUGCGUGUCGGCCGGGGUUGGAGGAAUCGCUGCGCUGAACGGAAGCAACGACAAUGUGACCCGGAUCGUCAAUAAGAGGUUUAUGAGACAGUCAACCGGGGAGGAGAUGAUCAAUAUCAUGGGAGGAGGAAAGGAACUGAUGAGCAACACGGGGGCUGCAGGAACUGUGACGGAGGAUGCACCUUGUGACUGUGCUGCCCAAUCUUCCUGCCCAGCUCGACCAUCGAGAGCAACAACCCGCCAUUCGCUCGGCCAGUGCAAGCACCGCCCACAAGAGUCUCCUGCAGCACCAGAAGAGAAGAGUGACACCUGCAACGAGUGAUGUCACUCCUACUGCCACAUCUAAAGACCACACACACGCACAAUCAUCCUGAUUCUUCACUGUACACCACUGCCAUAAAAUCCCACUUUUUCUCACAACAGCAUGUACAUACACACCUCCAACCACCUGCCACACAGGUGCACUGCCAAACAUUACACACACCUCUAGCACAGACUGCCCCACAAAGCCACUGCCACAUCCACACAACAUCCACUAACUAACACAUAACCCAGGCAAUUAUUUCACUUGUCUUGGACUGUACAUUUUCUGAUGCCAAGGACAGGGAGGACCGAAACUCCAACCCAGCAACAGGUCCAACCAUCGCAAAACUACCAGCAGGGCAUAAAACAUAAACACACACAUUUAUAAUCUGACACAUUUAACUCAACAAGAACUCAACGAAAUGAAAUGAGUGUCUUUCAAGUAAAAUUCUGAUGUCAAGACUGGAUGUACUAACCUCCCCAACCCUAAUUAACAGAAUGACAGGAAAUAAAAAUGGUCAGUUUUUAAAUGGAAAAAACAUGGAAAGUAGCCAUGUCGGAGUUAUAGAUAAGCAAUGAAAAAGUGCUGGAUAUCUCCAAUGAUUUCUCUCUGACCCUUGGCAUUAACACGCAUGCUUGGCCGGGAGAAUCAAUUAAGCCUUUUUGAUUGAUUAGCACAAUAACAUUCCAGCAAGAGACUCCAAUGUAUCUGAAAAAACGCCACCUCUUGAAGACAUCUGAUCCAGUUGCAGACUAGUAUUCAAAUGUUCUCCUAUUACAGUUGAUAAAAGGACAAACUCCACUUCUAUUUGACUGCAAAUCCCAGCAUGAUAAGACUGGGACAUCGUUGAUGGAUUUUUGGACUUGUAAGCUCUAUAAAGGCUGAUUUGAGUGGACUUCCUAACAUUGUUGUUUGGUAACAGACCUUAACAAAAAGCAAAGCUCCUCAGGCGGGUUUAGUUUUAACUUUCCCACGUGUUCCCAGAAUAGCUUUGGCCAGAAAUACGGGGAUGUUUUGUGGCACUGUAGCCAUGGCUUCAAUCUUUUAGAUGUAAGAAUAAUUUCUUCAAACGUGUUACACUCCAGAUGUUGAUUGGGAAAAUGAUGGUUUUAUAUGUUUUGAGAUAUUGAGAUUCCUCUUGUAACCAUUGAUAAUCUGACAAAUACAGUCCUACAGCACAUUACAGUUGGUUACACUUUCUGUGUAACCACAAACCCAAUCUGUGAUUUAGUAAAUCAAGAUUUCGCUUGGCAUUGGAAAGAGAUGCACUAAUAUCACUUUGUUUUAACAUAUAGUACCAGUUUUGCCUCAAACAUUUCUUUGGGUUAUGCUACACAAGUCCAAACCAAAAAAUUAAAUGUAUUCCAUUUCUGUAGAAAAAGUACAGAAAAAGAACACUACAUAUUCAUGUCACAUGUGACUUUUAGAACCAUAUUAACAUCAUUGGGAAUUUAUUUAAUAACAAUAAUAAUAUCGACUUGAUAUCCAUCAACUUUAUGUGUGCAUUCUUACAAUCUGUGCUACCAGGGAUCAGAUAUGAAGCGUGUCCAAAUUCAAAAUUCUAAUAUACCAUAGUUUUGAAACGUAAGUUAACUCUAAACAGUGUCCAAGUAGAAUUCAGUCAAUGCAUUCCUUUUAUAACGUCUUUAUCAGAUGUGUGUGUUACUUUAUGUGCAUUUAAUGAUUACAUUUCCAGCAAUCUGGUGAACCAGUGCAUCAUUUCUAGGUCUAGUAAGGAGAUUCCUCUUCAAUCUUCUCUCACCCACAACUGUCCUUGUGUUAGUACUAGACAGACGGUGCCCCUACUGUAUGAAAUCUAUUCACAGUUUGAAAAUGUAGCAUCAUAAUGUAUUCUUGGUUAAAAAGCUAAGAGCUAUGACUGUCCAUCUGCAGCCACAGUAGUAGUCACUGAACGUUUUUACUUUACUUGAUUUAUUUAAUUUGGUAUUUUCAAAUUGUUAAUGUAUGUCCUUCUUUACCUACAUGGCAGUCGAAUCCAAUAUGUCUUUAGUAGGCUGUCUGCACUCUUAAAAGAAAAUAUGGGAAAGAAAUAAAAGGCUGAAAAAUAUAUAACAUGGGAACAGACACAAAAGGUAUUGGUGAAUUAAAACCCUAAAAAAUACAGUUAACUGAAAACAAUCAUAUUUUAUUCUCUUAUCUCUUUGUUAUCCAUGUAGUUAUAUUUCUAAUCAAUCAACAGAAAUUCAAAGUGCCUGUCAGAUUACCUACCACAUUCAAACUGGACUCCAUGUAAAGACAUACAAACAAACCCAGCAUGUUGUUUUUUUUCAAUGGGUAAAAUUGUUUUUCUGCACAUAAUUGCGAUCAUGCUUUAUUAAAGCUAUGAAGUACUGUACCACGGUGCGAUGACAUAAUGGUUUACAGGUAAUGAGGAUAAAGUAUACAUGUAUGGUCCUUUUUAUACCAAGGGUUAUUGUACUUCUGGAAAUUAAAUUAUAAUUUUUUUGUUCA